GGUAGUCAUCAGUGUUGCCUACUUUUUAUAACUUAAAUAUAGCUGUUUUUGUGGGAUGGCAUGAAGUAAAGAGCUGAAUUAAAAAUUAGCAUAAUAUGUUGCAUGUUUUUUCAAUAAUAUCCCAAAACUCCCAAUAUGUUGUCUAUUUCGACAUAUUCUUCAAUAUUGAUAGGUGUAUAGAUUAGCCAGACUUUUGGCUCUUGGAGCUAUACAUUUUUCCCAGCUAUAAAAUAGCUGAAUUGACCACACUGAAACUGAAAAAUGCCAGCGCUGAGCAAGAUCAACAGCUGGUCGCCUUUUGUUUUCGAAAUUUGCGCUUUUUUUUAUUGAAAUAAAGUGAAAGCAUAUAUAUGAUAUAUAUAUGCUCUCUGAAGACGAUAUUGAUUGCACUCUAAUACCAUUGACUGCGGCUUGAAAGGCCAGGUGAGGAGUAGAGUCUGCAGUGGACUUGGAAGCAUCAGUAAUUGUCGACAUAUACCUUGUGAUCUUCCUUUUCUUAGCCUCAUCCAUAAUUUAAUCAGAUUAUCCGCUACGGAAUAGCUACCAGAGCUGAAAUAAACCGUUUAAAGGCCAAUUCAAUGGUUGCGGUUCUUCUGUUUUAAGCCGGCGACGCCUUCUUGGCUGCUGCAUCUUAUCGUGGCGGCGGUCAAUAAAUGUGACCCAGAGGACAAACACAACAGUCACAGCUACAGCCACAGUCGCAGCCACAGCCACAACAACUAAAGCAGUGGCAAAGCCGCAAAACUCAACCACAACAAGCCACAAUCGGCAAUCAUCAACACUGGGGCGCCACAGACCGAGGAAGGCGAGGGCGCCGGUUGCAUUUGGACAACGCCAACGAACCAGAAACACCCGCGCACAAGCCAUGACAGCUGUGCCAGUCCCUUCUGUCCCAGCACCACCCCAGGCCACCUCCAGCGCCGAGCUUCGGCAUCAGUCAGCCAGUCAGACUCUGAACGCCCUGCUGGACCUGCCCGCGGAGAUGGAACUGCGCCAAAUUGAGUUGAUCUAUCGGGCGGAGGGUAAUGCAAAUUUGGUGCUUGCCUUGCCGCAAUUUAAAAAAGUUUUACGUUUGCCAAAAAUGAUAUCCAGCAGACAGCAGCCGCCGCCGCCGCAGAAGGAGGCGGAGGUGCAGCAGAAGCAGGCGGAAGGUGCAGAGGAGACAGGAGAGAUUGGGCGGGCGGAAGAGCAGACCGAAUUUUCGGUCGGAGCCCAGGCAUCAACUGUAAAAGCUGGCGACUUGACAAUGCCGGAUUUUAUGGCUUAUAUCGGGAUAAUGCGCCGUCUAUUAGGAAAUGAGUUUGUCUGCGGAGCGGAUAUUGUUGCCAUACCAAAGGAAGACGAUAGAUUCUGGAUAAACGAGCACAUACGCGCCCACAGACCGGUUGCGCGUCUGGAUAAGGAAUUUGUGGGGCCAUUCGGGCUACUCCUGCCAGAUGUGACCCAAUUGCCUGCCACGUUCGAUGUUUUACUUGGAAAUUUACAGGCAAAGGGCACAACAGGAGAUGCCACAGGAGCAACAGGAGCAGCAGGAACCGGGGUAGGAGCAGGAGAAGGAGCCGCAGCAACGUCAACGGCAGGUACAAGAGGUGUCCAUGGUCUGGGCGAUACAUAUGCCAUCGAAAUAAAACCCAAACAAGGCUGGCUCCAGUUGGCAAGUGAUGUCAACGAUUUAUUUGAUUUAAUGCCAGCAGGAGCAGAGACAAUGCCAAAGAGGAGCAAAGGCGAGGAGGAUCCGGAGCAAACAGGAGUGGCGAAGUCGACCCGAGACAAGUGCAAGUGCCGCUAUUGCGCCAUGCAGCUAUUGAAGCUACGCAACGGAAAAAUCAAACGACUGGGCGACUACUGUCCUCUAGAGCUAUUCUCCGGCGCACCCAGUCGUAUGCUUGAUGCCCUGAAUGCACUUUUCGCCUGCCCGCAAAAUAAUUUACGUGUGUUUCAGGACGGCAAUUUAAUUUAUGGCGAUCACGCGAAUUCGAUUUCCUUCGAUGAAUUGCACUCGCGUGUCUUUCCCGGUGAAAUUAUGGUGCUUAUAAAACAUUUGCUCGUUGCCUGCCUGCUCAGGGAAUACGAGGUGAGUCCAACGCAGAGCUGCGGCCAGGACCGUAGUGGCAGUGGCAGUGGCGGAGGCAGUCAGUGCCAGAGUAGCGUUUCAAUUGGCGAAAUGGAGACAAAAGCUGGAGCUGGUGUGGAUGCUGGAAUUGGCGACGCUAAUGUCGCCUGGGCGGAGGAUGCCGAGAAGUGGCAUGCUGACUUUGUCAAUGCUGGUCAAUCCUACGGCGGGACAAGACCAGCUGCUGAAAAACCAACGACCCAAUGGUACACAAUGCCACCCGGAAUAGGAGUGGAAACAACUGCAGGAGCAGUAAGCCAACAACAGUGCGGCUAUGUGUUGGCAGAGGCAACUCAAACGGAAACACAAACGGAAACGGAAACACAGCCAACUCCGAGUACAACUCGGAAUGAGAAUGAGAAUCCGAGUCCGAAUCAGAAUCAGCAUGAAAAUCAACGUGAAGGACAAAUCAACAAAGCGGAAAUAUUUCGCUUACCAAAAAAUUGUGUGCUGCAAAAAAUUUUGAAUUUGCAAUUUCUGGUAAAGCAACACUUCGAUUAUAUGUGGCGAGCGAACUACGCCCGGCACUCGCGACCCACUUAUGACGUGCUCAGAGGACUACUAGCCCUGCCCCAGCCCGGCACCACCGAUGAACUGCAGCCGGAGCAGGCAUACUUGCUGGGCGCCACGGCCUUGGACUGCUCGAUUAUGUUAACGUUCCAGGAAGUGAAACUCGACCGCGCAUCGUAUUGUACCCCUGACCAGGACUUGGAGGCGGAGCUGCUGCAGCCGUGGCUCGUCUCACUGCUGGGUCAUCACUUUCUAACGAAGCUCUCUGUGCUGGAUUUGGAUCCGAAGCCCGAUAGUCACUUUCAUAAAUUCAUAGAGCAGACAUGUGAAAUUGAAAAGUGCUGCCGAGCAUUAAAUUAAUUAAUAAAGUUUGCACCCAACUAAAAGCCGCACGCAUC